AUGCCGGCAGAUAUUCCCGAUGACGUCAAGAAGCAGUUGAUGAACGACCCGAAGGUGCAGAAGGCCUUGCAAGAGCAGGCGGCAAAAACGGGCAAGGAUGCCAUGGCGGCGCUGCAAGACCCGGAGGUGCAGAAGAUGAUCAUGGACACCUGCAAAGAGAAGUUUCCGGAAUAUGCGUCGCAAGCACAGGCGAAGAUCAGAGAGUUUUGCAACGACCCGGAGGUUCAGGCGGCCGCCAAGAAGUAUGCAUCUAUGGCCGGAGCGUACGUGAUGCAGGCUGGUGGCGCCUUAGUUGCUCAGAUCGAGCAGGGCCCGGCUGGGGUGCGAUUCCUUUGCUUCUUAGCGAGUUGUUUCUCCCUGGCAAACGGCAUUCUUAAGCUGAUUAGCAUCAGCCGC